AUGAGCUCCCUGAAGCGGAAGCGUGCGCGUCAGGCCUGUGGGCCUUGCCGAGAGCGCAAGAGACGAUGCGACGGGGACGAGCCGUGCCUCACAUGCACGGAUUGGGGCUACUCCUGUUACUACGAGCCUGGACACCGGCGGAGGACCUCUCAAGCUGUCGGGCAGGUCACUCCAGGACCACCCUCAGUCGGAUCACAGUCCCUACAUCAGAAUGCCUCGGAGCCCGGUGCCGCCGAGUCCAACCACAUUGGCCUGGUCCGGCGCCUCGAGGCCAAUUCCGGAGCGGCCUUCGUCCGGAAUCUCGGCCUCAAGAUCGAUCCCACCAAAGCGCCUAAGCUUAACCUCUUUGGGUGGAAUAUUGGAGCAAGACAGGUCUCUUCUCAGAUGAGUACCACUGCUUCUCCGCUGUCUGUUGUUGAGAUCACCUCACUGGAACAUAUGAAAUUCCUGGCCCAGGUCUACUUCGACAAGGUGGAUCCAUGCUACGGGUUCAUCGACCAAGAGCACUUCUUUGCUAAUCUGACCACAAGAUGGGAAUCGCCUCAGACAUCGAGCGUAUAUGAUAGUGUCUUGGGCGGCGUUGCUGCCAUUGGGUGUCUAUUCUCUCAACGCAACGCCACAAUCACCGAGCUACAUCUGGUCCGCUCGGCUCGUGCCUGUCUAGACAACUACCAUCUACGCGGUCCUCCGCCCACUGAUCUCCUGACCGGUUGGACCCUCCGUGCAAGCUAUCUCCGGAUGACGGACUCGCCUCAUUCCACCUGGCUGGCCAGCUCCACGUUGAUGCACCUUGUCGAGGCCUCGGGCCUUCACCCAGAGUCGACGUCGGUCCUACUGCCCACCGCACAAUGCGACCCAGAUAUCAAAAGAAGGCUGGUCGGGGUUGCCCACCAUCUGAACGCGUGGACCUCGUUCGAUCUGGGACUCUGCCGCGUUUCUUUUCGAACCGACGAACUGCCCCGGUUGCCGGAGCCAAAGCCAGGGGACUACACCGCUGAGGUUCUGGGCCUCCUGCCGGUGUCUGUCAGCCUGGACCCGGGGAGGCUCAAGGAUGAGACAGACCUCACGUCGACACUUUCUGAUGUUGUGGGAGGCGUCCAUACCAGACCGCCAUCGGUUCUCGCGCAGUGCAAUCUGGUGCUCUGUAUUCUCCGGCGCAUCCAUACACAGAAUCUCGACAUUUCACCAAGCCUAGCAGAGCAGGUACUGGCCUUGUUAAAGAAAGGACUUUGUUGCGCUCGGAAGAUGGUGACGGAAUGCUGCCCGUGGCACCAGGUCGCGAACGUGCCUUUCCACGUACUCUGCGUCCUCCUCGUAAUGGACACGCGGUCAUCUCUUGCGAUGCUCCCAGAGGCGAUGCAGACCCUGAGCCUCGUCGCCUCAACCUACGACACGGAAGCAAUGAGAGAGGCGCAUAGUGCUGCGUGUCUUUUGGUUCUCCUGCACCAGCAACGCAGGAAAGACGACAUAGCAAUCCUCGGUGAAGCUCUCAACAUCCACCACCAAGAGCGGCAGACGGCACCGCCACCACAGCAAAUAAGUCCCAGCGCCGAAGACUAUUCAUGGCUUGGCGCGCUGGUUGCUGACCUCCCCGGACUUCAGCGGAUUGACCUUGAACAGUUCCUGCAUGCGGAUCCAACAAUUGCUGGCUCUUCCUUUAUGGGCGGAUCUGGGUGA